CGGCGAGCCGCCCGCCGCCGCUCCGGCCGCCUAGCCGCCGCCGCGGCCAGCAGGUGCCAGCGCGAGGGCAUCGUCGCCGUCAGUGUUAUCCGAUGUGUUUACAAAUAAGAUUUUUAAUCAACCCUUUAAAGUUCCGAACGUAAACGUUGAUAUACAUUGGUGAGAGGAUUUGGUGACGUGCAAGUGGUGUGAGAGUUGCCAGCUGUGCAGUUCCGCGAGGGCAGUCAGCGAGCCAUGGGGCCCGGGGGCCCGCCGGCCUAGAGCGCGGCGCGCCUGCUCCGGGGACCCGUAGAUGUGCAGCCUGGCGGCGCUGGCGCGCGGCUGCCGGCCCGCCGCCAAGCCGUGCUGCCUGUGCUGGUGCUGCUGCUGCUCCUGCUCCUGGGCCAAGUGGCUGGCGGCGCGCGGCGCGGACGCGGGCCCCGGCAAGAAGCCGCGCGACGCCGGCCCGCACGAGCCGCUGCUGCUGGACGGAGACGCGCCGCCCACGCUGGAGGAGAUCCAGAGCUGGGGGCAGUCGUUCGACCGCCUCAUGCGCAGCGCAGCGGGGCGCAAGGUGUUCCGCGACUUCCUGCGCGGCGAGUACUCGGAGGAGAACAUCAUGUUCUGGCUGGCGUGCGAGGAGCUGAAGCGCGAGACGGACCCGGACGCCGUGGAGGAGAAGGCGCGCUUCAUCUACGAGGACUACAUCUCCAUCCUGUCGCCCAAGGAGGUGUCGCUGGACUCGCGCGUGCGCGAGAGCGUCAACCGCAGCAUGGUGGAGCCCUCGCCGCACACCUUCGACGAGGCGCAGCUGCAGAUCUACACGCUCAUGCACCGCGACUCCUACCCGCGCUUCGUCGCCUCGCCGCUCUACAAGGCGCUGGCGCGGCUCGGCGACCCCGCGCCGCCCGCCGCGCCGCCCGCCGCGCCGCCCGCCGCCGACGUGCACUGCGCGUAGCGGCGGGCGGCGCGCGCGUUGUACAUAGCUAGGUUAAGCGUACGAGUAAGUGAGGCGGAACUUCGCUGGUCCACCGCCGCCCGCGCGCCGCGCGCCGCACCCCGCACACCCGCACACCCGCACACCCGCACCCCGCACGCCGACGCCCCGCCCGCCCCGACCACGCAUCUAGUUGGAAGCAAUAAAGGUGGACCAAUUAAGUUUCCCGAGAGUCAACGAAUAAAUCUGUUCAUGUA